GAAAAAUGUUUUUUUUAAAAACAGAUAAUGGGUUAUUUCAUCCUGAAGAUUUGGAUCUGGAUUUCAUAAUCCAAAUUGAACCUUCAUUCAGGAUAAAAUGCUUCAUCUCAGUAUUUCGAAACUUUAAGUAGAAAUCUUGGAUACUUUUGAUACCAAAUAACAGGAUUAUUUUUAUCCCACCUUGAGAGGUGGAUUCAAACUGAAUUAACAGAGUUGAGGACACACUUUGCACAGACAUUACUUCAAAAUGAAUGUAAAUGUGAUUGAAAACACACUUAGACAGGGUAAACAUGUUUUAUAGCUUUUAAACAUCUUUUCUACCUUUAUUCAAAUAUAUUGGCAAAAAAAUAAACAUUUGUGCAUAAUUUUAUUUGUUUGCGUUUAACAGAAAAUCAGUUCAGCAAGAUCUAAUAGUAUACAUAUUCAUUUUCACUUAAAGAAAGUAUAUUUUCAAAGAAAAUGCCAAAAGGUCAGUUGAAGGUCUUUAGUCUUCAUCAGAAAUAACAAGCCAGCUUCUUUUAUUUUGUUUUUAAGGAGGACAAUUCGAAAUUUAGUCUCUUUCUGCUGAAGCAAUGUUAACUUUAACUGCUCUUCAGCUAGCUGUGUGUGUGUCUUUGCUCUUUCAGUUUCCAUCCUCAAAAGUUCUUCAUAGUCAUCACUGUCUUUCAAACCACGCUUUCUUCUUGAUUUGGAGGUUUCAGAAGUUUGUGCAUCUGCUGACUGUUGUGGUUCAUUACAAAUGACAUCUCCAGGCUCAGUCUCCACAGGGGUAAGGAUUACCCAUUGGCUCUCUGAGGCCAAGUUCAGAGGUUCACAAUUCCCACUGUCAUUUUCUGUAUUGGUAGGUCCUGAUUAACCCUCUGUAGCAGGCAAAAUUCCAUGUAAAGCCUGAGAUUUUGGUCCGCCAAUGAUAUCCAGGAUUGCAUCAGUAAAUUCCCCUCGUUUGUAGAGCUUGUUCCCAGUUGAGGGUGUUUUGCUUCGGAGUUGUCUUUACAGGCUUUCUGCUUUAAGUUUUUCCAUUCUAGUUUGACUUGCUCGACAGUUCUUAACUGGCCACUGCCAGUGGCAUUAACUCUGUCUGUGAUUGCAGCCCAAACACUUUGUUUCAUUUUGCUUGUCAAAGCACUACCUUGCCCUGGGGUGCUAAAUGUACCCAUUAUAGUUGGGUAAUUUAUACGCACACCUUCCAGUAGUGCGUUUGUCUCUGUUAGAGUGAAGUUUGUUCCUUUUGCUUUGGUUUCUGAUUGCUCCAUAUUGUCCUUGCACUGCGCCACAGGUUCCCUUUUUAAAUGAAGCAGGUCCAAUUGCAUUCAGGUGUGCAAUUAGGGGGAGUAAUUAUUUGCCUUUUAAAUAUGCUACUCUGCAAGAGCCAGGAGUUCUUUCAUAAUGACAUCCAUUGUGCACUCGCGCCAACAACGCAGAAGGAUGUAUCGACAGAGGGCUUACAAUAAACGCCCAAGCCUAUUGGAAGAUUACCCAGAUGAUGCACGGUUUAGAUUCGGACGUGAAGAUAUUUUGUUCAUCAGCAAUUUACCUAGAUCACAUUUAGAAAGUGCCACUCUAAGAAGCCAAGCCUUGACUGUGGAAGAACAAGUCCUAAUCGCUUUGCGGUUCUAUGCAAGUGGAGCAUUCUAUCAAGUUAUUGGAGAUGGUAUGUGUGUCACAAAAUCCACAGUAUGCACGGUCAUUCAUAGAGUUUCGUCUGCCUUGUCCAGACUUCUGAACCAGUUUGUUGCAUUUCCUGAGAAUCCAGAACAGCUCAACAAGAUCAAACAGGAUUUUUUCUCCUUGAGUAAAAUGCCAAACACUAUUGGGGUAAUAGACUGUACCCAUGUUUACAUUCAGGCCCCACAUGAGAGAGAAUGGGAGUUUGUAAACAGAAAGGGACGACAUAGCAUUAAUGUUCAACUUGUAGGAGAUGCUGACCUAAUCGUUACAAACUGUGUUGUGAGAUGGUCAGGAUCAGUGCAUGAUGCACGAAUCCUUAAGGAGAGCAAUUUUUUCAAGAACUUCCAGCAAAAGCCCUCAAGUGGCAUCAUACUUGGUGACAGUGGUUACCCACUCUUAACAUGGUUAAUGACACCUUUUGCAACAGUGAACACAGAUUCAGAGUUGAGCUUUAACCGGGCCCAUGCAACAGCAAGAGGGACAAUUGAAAGAUUAAAUGGAGUCCUGAAAAGACGCUUUGCUUGCUUGAACUACCUACGUGUUGAGCCAAAGCAAGCAUGCAACAUCUGUGCCUGCAUUGUUCUUCACAACAUAGCACGAGCACGCAAAGUCCCUCUCUACAAUGAUGGACAGUCGGCUCUUCCUCAGCCCCAAGAUGCAGGUUUUAACUUGAAGCAACCACCUCUUCAGCCUGAUGGACUAGCUGGACGGGCAAUGAGGAAUGCCAUGUUAAACCUUUAUUUCUCUUGUGAUAAUUGAAUUUUUUUUUUCAACCAAUUGUGUUGUGUUUAAAAUGUCUCCUAAAAUAGACAUUCUCUCUUAAAGUGGUUUAUUAAAGAUAUCUUUCCCACCAACAGAAAAUGCUAAAACCAUUUGUCCAGCAGAUGGCCACAGAGGGGUUUUAAAAGAAUGGAAAAUCCAGAUCUAGAAAUCCUUAUCCUGUGAUACCUGGAUCAAUUCUAUCCAGUCUGAAUGUGUUUUAAAAACGUGUACAAAACCUGUGAGCUCAUUUUGAUAUUUGAUAUGAAACGGGGGGAUUUGAAGAAUUGAAUCAGGAUUAAAAGUUUUGAAAAACCGGGCCCUGGAGAUAUACAGGGGAUUGGCAGCGGAGAUGAUCGAUGUGGCCAGAUCCUCCAAAGACCUACAUAUCUCAGUCCUCAAACUAUGGCUUGAGGGUGCAGCAGAGUGGCCCGCU